AUGUUUGCUUUUAAGUUUCUUUUGGCAAUAAUAGGCAUUAAUCAAGGUCGCGCAGAAGAAGCCACUUCAGAAGAUGAGAAACAAGUAAUAUCCUUAAAACAAGAAGAAGAUAAACAACAAAUAAUGAAUGAUGAAUGCUCGCCUGCUUGCGCACUCAACGCUGACUGUUUUCAGUACUCAAUAAACUUCAAACAACGUUACACUGAAUGCAGAUGUCGUGAUGGCUUUGGUGAGGCGGGCUACUGGGCGCGUGACGAUGGACGCAGAGGACCGUGCGAACCUGUUCUGGGACAAGCUCGUUACCACACGUGGCUUCCUUAUGAAACGCACGACCGCGAAUACGUCUCACUCGUCCAGCCCCUCGUCAAGAACUUUUCCAAAGCAAAGAAAUCCAGAAGCGUUCACCGAGUCUCGCUUGCUCUGUCAAGUGCUAUCAAGAACUUCAUGGCCGUCUCCUCGCAGCCAAGGUCGCGAUUUCGCUCGUGCAUGCGUAAAGUGAACUCUUUUGGAGUCAUAAUCGGCUCUCAGAGAGGUACAAAAUAUAAAAGCACGAUGGGUCUAAAAAACGAAUGCAGCCAGUGGCAAAGAAGCUGGGACUCGACUUGGUCGACGAGCCUCUCCGCGAUUAGCAGAUGCUACAAUGACAUUGUCGACUUCUUCUUUACCAAAGACAGACGACAGUGCAUCUCUAUUCAUAAAAAACUGACUCGCAAAAUUCACCAAUUCAACAAAGUGCGAUGA